AUGGAUCCAUGCGAGGGCACAUCAACUGAUGAUUUUUCGUCUCCAUUUGAUGAUUCCGAUUUGUCUCUCACCUGUCUUGUCUGUGGCCAUAAACCAGCCAGGAAUUAUUACGGAUCAAUCGCUUGCAACCGUUGCAAGACUUUUUUCUUACGAGUGGCCACUCGAAAGAAACGAUACAACUGUGAAUACAAUAGUAAUUGUAAAUAUCCAAAAGAUCGAUGUCCGGCAUGUCGCUAUCACAAGUGUCUGACGGUGGGAUUGAUCCCGGAAAUGGCUGGCCGGAGAGAGGGAUGUCAGAGACGAGCGAGAGAGGGAACAAUGAGCAUCAUCGAGCCUCCAUCACCUGGAUUGCCUUCAUUAACAGAAGAAGCCACUCGAAUGGUGGCUGUUGUUUGCCCGUCAACAUUCAAGACUGAAAUCAAUUUAUCCAUCGAGGAAACCAUUCAAAUAUUGCAUCGAUUGGAAGAAAUUUGUGCCCGAGAUGAUCCGGCCAUCUCUCUGCAACACGAUUUUGAUUUCAAUCUAAAUCUCUCUUUUGCUGAUGUUCUCAAAAAUCCAACUUUCAUUUGCCCAAGAGUACCGGCGGGUUUCAGUGCUGCAAGUGACUUCAAUCCAUUCGGCAAUCGAAUGGGUGCUCGAUGUUUUGCGAGAAUGGUCGUUUAUUGUGCGGAUUGGCUGAGAGCGACACCUGAAAUCUGGGAAAUGAAAGAGAUUGAUAGGCUGAGAUUUUGUCUGCACACGUGUGGAGUGUUGAUUCCAAUUCAACUCUACUAUUACACGUACAAAGAGGGAUAUGACGGAAUGUUGCAAGGGCUAGGAACGCAUUUCUCUUGCGAAUCGACACUCGGAGCUGGAAUUCCCGAUUUCCUUCGUUACACCACUCAUCAAUUCCACAAUGACAUUUCGCCGAUGCUCAAAAAAGUGAAAUUCUCCGACGAUGAGUUCGUCGUUUGGAAGAAUAUGAUCAUUUUUAAUUCGACUUUGGGUCUUUCUGAUGAAAGUGCGACGAUCGUGAGAAAAGCACGGAAUCGAUAUCAAGGGAUUUUGGUUCAACUACUCCGCAAAACGUGUACUGAAGCGGAGGCGAUCGCGAAAAUGGAUGUACUGAUGAGAGUGCAUCGAUGGUUAGAGAACAAUGCCACCCAAGCAGCAGUUUUCUUCGCGAAGAUUUUCGCGAUGGGUGGUGGAGGGGCAGGGUUGGAGGCGCCUCUUGUCGGCGAUGUUUUCCUUGCUCGGGUU